CUCAUACCCCUGGCCCUUACUCUUAAAAAAAAAAAGCAUCGCUUCCGCUCGUCAUCUUGACCUGCUCGUUCCGAUCCUUCCGCGCCUCUGCUGCUGCCCCUCCUUAUAAAUACCACCUCCAUCCGCCUCCAUCACGCUCCUUGCUUCACUUUCAUCUUCACCAACCAACCCACUCUUCUUCCCCCCAUCUAUACCAGGCGUUCGUGCCCCUUCUCUCGCUUUCUUCAACCCGCCCUCUCCACUCUCCCACACUAAACCCCCUCACACAAACAAACAAAAUGGCUCCUUACAAAUCAAGAUCGCCCGCCGCGUCCAUCUUCAAGCACGAUGCCGAGCUGGAUGCCUCCGUCGGCAAGGACGGUAUCGACUACACCCGCGUGAACCUGCUCCGCAACACCUCCGUCGCCAAGCUCUAUGAGGACGCCCUCCGCUACGAGCCCGGCACCUUCAUCUCCUCCGCCGGUGCCCUCGUCACCUCUUCCGGAAAGAAGACCGGUCGCUCGCCCAAGGACAAGCGCAUUGUCGACGAGGAGUCCACGACAGAGGACAUCUGGUGGGGACCCGUGAACACAAAGUUGAGCGAGCACGCCUUCCUAAUCAACCACGAGCGUGCUGUCGACUACCUGAACACCCGUGAGCGCCUCUAUGUCUUUGACGGAUUCGCCGGCUGGGACCCCAAGUACCGACUCAAGAUUCGCGUCGUCUGCGCACGCGCCUACCACUCACUUUUCAUGCACAACAUGUUGAUCCGCCCCACGGAGGAGGAGCUCAAGAACUACGGCGAGCCCGACUUCACCAUCCUCAACGCCGGCGCCUUCCCCGCCAACAGAUACACCACCGGCAUGACCUCAACCACCUCCGUCUCCAUCAACUUCAAGCUCCGCCAGAUGGUCAUUCUCGGAACCGAGUACGCCGGAGAGAUGAAGAAGGGCGUCUUCACCAUCAUGCACUACCUCAUGCCCAAGGCCGGCGUCCUUUCCCUCCACUCCUCCGCUAACCAGGGCCCUGACGGCGACACCUCCCUCUUCUUCGGUCUCUCCGGAACCGGCAAGACCACCCUCUCCGCUGACCCCGCCCGCGCCCUUAUUGGAGAUGAUGAGCAUGUCUGGACCGACACUGGAGUCUUCAACAUCGAGGGAGGCUGCUACGCCAAGUGCAUUGAUCUCUCCGCCGAGAAGGAGCCCGAGAUUUUCGGUGCCAUCCGCUUCGGAUCUGUUCUUGAGAAUGUCGUCUUUGACGAUGACACUCGCCUGGUCGACUACUCUGACAAGUCCCUGACCGAGAACACCCGCUGCGCCUACCCCAUCGAGUACAUCCCCAACGCCCUCCUCCCCUGCAUCGGUAACCACCCCAAGAACAUCAUCAUGUUGACCUGCGAUGCCUUUGGUGUCCUCCCCCCAGUCUCCAAGCUGACCUCGGCCCAGGCCAUGUACCACUUCAUCUCUGGCUACACCGCCAAGAUCGCCGGUACUGAAGAGGGUGUCACCGAGCCCGAGGCCACCUUCUCUGCUUGCUUCGGCCAGCCCUUCCUGGUUCUCCACCCUACCCAGUACGCCACCAUGUUGGCCCAGAAGAUGCAUGACCACACUGCUGAUGCCUGGUUGAUCAACACCGGCUGGAACGGCGGUGUCUAUGGUACCGGCAAGCGUAUUGCCCUCAAGUACUCCCGCGCCAUCAUCGAUGCCAUCCACAGCGGAGAGCUCAAGAACGCCGAAUACGAGACCUACCCCAUCUUUGGUCUCGAGAUCCCCAAGGCCGUCACCGGUGUCCCUGCCGAGGUUCUGAACCCCGCCGUUGCCUGGCAGGGAACCAAGGAGGACUACAACAGCACCGUCACCAAAUUGGCCAACCUCUUCAACGAGAACUUUGCCAAGUAUGCUGACCAGGCCACCGAGGACGUCAUUGCCGUUGGACCCAAGCUUUAAAAAAAAAAAUUAAGGGAUCUUUUUUUUUUUUUUAUUACCUUUUUCUUCAUAAUCCCAACAUUUUGCAUCGAUCGCAUCCAUACUUUUUCCAGCAUGGCUCCCGUAAUUCUAUCCCUUUGUAAUAAUACCGAAAAUAAAUUCAUUUUACAGC